CUGGACACCGGGUAGCUGAUAGUCUGUUUAUCGUCUUGGGAAGGCGAAAUCAAACGCCAUUGGUUUGCAGGCGCUUUGCGCUUGCACUGCGGUGAACCAAAACUAGCAAACUGCCUGUACUGAGUGCCAUACUAUCUAAUUGUACCUUCAUCAAGUAGCCGGCCACUGUCAAACACGGCGACCAAAACUUAGUGAUAUACGUAUCGCAACCUGCCGCUGUCCCUGGACAAAACUAGAUUGCUUUAGCUCGUUAAGCUUAGAACCUGACUGGUCUCCAUGCUUGCGAGGGCGCUGCCCUCCUGCGGAGGGCGGUCCGCGCUUGGGAGGCAUGGCGCACCUGCAGAGUGUCAGCGAGUGCACGUUUUAGUGCACGCCCAGCCACAAUUUACUUCUGCACAAGCAGCAGCUGCUGCCAGUCGACCAGAUGGCGCCGACGAGGCGCGGAAAGCUGGGGCAGUGCCGAUAGCUCCGCGGCCGGCUCUUCCGUGCGACAAACCGCUGCCGCUCGCAAACGUUAUGGAAGUCCAGCGGCUGCUGUAUCUGCUUGAGGCGCCUGAGUACGUCAUGAGGGCGUUCCGGGAGCACGGCAUAAACGGCCAGGACCUGCUGGUGCUGCGGGAGGACGACCUGGAGGACCCGCGCUUCAAGUUCCCCCGCCACGUGGUGCGCAAGGUGAUGCGCAUCAGCCAGGCCUGGAAGGUGUUCCAGUCCAUCACGGGAUCGGUGACCAAGGGCGCAAUCACCAUGGAGCAAUACGUGGCGCACUACAGCUACGGCAGGUCGCCCGACGUGGUGACGCAGCUGCAGGCGGCCUACCGGGUGGUCGACGCCAACAGCAACGGCAGCCUCACGUUUGAGGAGUUCCUGGUUGGGUUCUCGCUGCUGGACGCAGCAGUGGCCGACACGCGGCGGCCGGCCUUUACGGCUGGCGCCAUGCACCCCGGCAUGCCGCCGUCCACCGGCCAGACCGGCGUCAACUGGUUCCAGCUGUAGAUUUCAGCCGUAGGAUCCAGCAGCGGAAUCCAGCUGUAAGAUCCAGAUGCUGCCGUGGCUGCAAGCGGGCUGGGCAUGGCUGGGCCUACCUGCAUGGGCUACGCGGCCCGGCACCGGCUGGCCGCGGGUUGCGGCGGAGACGGAGGCGGAGGCAGAGGAAAGCAAUGCAGUGGAUGAGGGCAGCGCUACUCGGUAGCGACAGGGGCUGCAAGCGGCCGCCAGCGGUGUGGUAUGCAGCGCUGCGACACACCAGGCACGGCGAAAGCGCCGCAUGUGCAGAGCCGCCGGCGGGGUCCGCACUCCGCAGGCAGGCGGCCGGAGGCAGGCAGCGCGUGGGCAAGGGGCGGGCGAAUAAAGGCAGCAGCAUGCAGGAGCUGUACAGGUGGGCCGGCGGUGGCGGCGGCGGCGGCGGCGGCAGCCAGGCGAGAGUGGAGCCCGUGUGGGGCCUGUGGUUUUCGUGAUGCCGGUGACUGUGGGGUGCGGGUUGCGGCACUGAUUAGGGGUGCUGCGGGAGGGGUGCUGCGGGGCUUGUUACACAGUUUAGCUGGGCUGGGCCAGCAGGGCUGGAGGGGGUGGGCCUCAGCCGCAGCAGGAGACCAGCAGCGGCAGGCGGUGCAGCGUUGCCGGUGCAGGGCUUGUGUGAUACGGUGCUAGCAGCAUGUGGCUUAGCCCUUAAUUCCUUAGAUGUGGUGGAAUGCAUGUCAUGAGUUCGGCGGCGCAACGCAUUUUAUAGCUUGGUGGAGUGAUUGAAGCAGCACUUGGGUUGCGGCAUCAGACCUUCAGGGUGGGCAUACGCGAGCUUACAUCAACAUACACACAACACGUUUUAUGCUGCAUGGUAUCGUUCAUUGGCAAGCGAGCAUCCGCACCGGUGCGGAGUGUCGUGAUUUGGUGUGGGUGUGCCCGGUCGUUGCGUGUGAGGCUUGCGCAGGGAACUUGGCUGUGAUCUGAAUUCCGUCAACCCUCACGAUGAGAGAUAUUUCCAUGAGCGGCGGGGGGGGAUGUACCCUCCCUGUGGCGGCCGGUGCUGGGCGAUGCCGGACGAGCUGCAAGGCAGGGCGUGGGCGCCAAGUGACGAUGUAGCGAUUCAGCACGCAAGAAUUGUUUUGUUGAAUAAGAGGCCAAAGCAGGAGGCCGGUCGGGAGACCACACGGGGGACAAGGCGGGAGAACUGGCGGCCGCGUGGCAAGGGAGAUGGUACGGGAGUGCUGGUGCUGAUGUUGAUGUGUUGGCGUGCGGCAUGCGCGGUGUGGUGUGCGGCCGCGGCUUGCAAUACGCUGGCCGCAAACCCCGGGCUCCGACAAGGCUGUGGGGCUCAGGCAACCUUUCGACAACAACGGCAGCGGCAAAUGCGCGUGGCAACACGGUGGACGGGGCAGUCCGGCGGUGUGGAGCAAGGGAGCGGUGGGGAGGGCAGGCAUGACGAGCGGUGCUGCAGGCUUGGCGAGCUGGCAUUGUUGCACGACAACCCAAGAUGCCCCUAUGCAGCAGAGGCUAGGCAGCAGGGCCGGAGGCUUGAUGUAAGGGCAGCUGCGUCUGUGACAGUAUGUGCAUGGAGGCGACAGGGGUCGAACACUUGAAACACGCUCCAGGGAUC